AUGGCGACUUACGUGAGCGAGUUGGAGGCGGCCAAGAAGAACCUGAGCGAGGCGCUGGGCGAGAAUGUGAAGCAAUACUGGGCUAAUUUGAAGCUGUGGUUUAAGCAAAAGAUCAGCAAAGAAGAGUUUGACCUGGAAGCUCGAAGGCUCCUCACACAAGACAAUGUCCAUUCGCACAAUGAUUUCCUUUUGGCUAUACUCACACGAUGCCAGAUCUUGGUUUCCGCACCUGAGGGUGCUGGCUCUCUGCCAUGGACAGGAGGUUCUGCAACAAAACCUGGCAAGCCCAAAGGGAAGAAAAAAUUUUCUUCCGCUCGACAGAAGUUUGAUCACCGGUUCCAGCCACAGAAUCCAUUAUCAGGAGCCCCACAGUUUAUGGCCAAGGACCCCCAAGAAGACGAUGACUUGAAGCUGUGUUCACAUACCAUGAUGCUUCCCACUUGGGGCCAGCUGGAGGGAAGGAUGAUCGUCACUGCUUUUGAGCAUGGCCUGGAUAAUGUCACCGAAGAGGCCGUGACGGUCAUUGUCUAUGCCGUGGAGAAGCAUCUCAAGGAUAUCCUUGCGUCAGUAAUAUCCAGGAGGAAGGCCUACCGCCUGAAGGAUGGUCACUUCAGAUACGCCUUUGGAAGCAACGUCAAUCCGCAGCCUUACCUGAAGAACAGUGUUGUCGCUUACAACAAUUUAAUGGAAUGCCCGCCAACCUGCUUGGCACCCCCUCCUGGUCAGAACCUGGCUUCCCACCCUCCUCCUGACGAUGCUGAGCAGCAGGCUGCCCUCCUGCUAGCCUGUUCUGGGGAUACUGCGCCAGCAUCUCUGCCGCCUGUGAAUAUGUAUGACCUCUUUGAGGCAUUGCAGAUCCACCGAGAAGUGAUCCCUGCUCACACCAUCUACUCUCUCAAUAUCGAAAGGAUCAUCUUGAAGCUGUGGCACCCGAACCACGAAGAGCUGCAGCAAGACAAAAUCCACCGGCAGCGCUUGGCGGCAAAGGAAGGGCUCUUGAUGUGCUGAGGUCCACAGCAGCGUUUCUUGGGCCUGCCUAGCCAGGUGUCUGGACUUUGCAUAGUUGUGCCAGCUUUUCCCAGUGGAAAUGUGGACGUCUUUCCUAUGGAAAUAUGUCUUGAGAUGCAGGAGGGUAUUGUG